GCAGGCAAAAGCUUGAUUAAAAAUUGUUCUUGUUUUGAAACAUUAAUUGUACAAGAUGGCAACUUAUCAUUACAUCCUUUUUAUUGCUUUUUUUGUCAUGUGUAUGACAACAGUAAAAGCAUAUUUCAUUGCCAUUGAUGCCCAUGCAGAAGAAUGUUUCCACGACAGAGUGUCAUCUGGGACAAGAAUGGCUCUCACAUUUGAAGUUGCAGAGGGAGGAUUUCUUGACAUUGAUGUGAAGAUUUCUGGACCAGAUGGUAAAGCUAUUCACACAGGAGAGAGAGAGUCCAAUGGUAAAUACACCUUUGCAGCUCACAUGGAUGGAGUUUACAGAUACUGCUUCAGCAAUAAGAUGUCAACAAUGACACCUAAGAUUGUUAUGUUCUCCAUGGAUGUAGGAGACCAACCUAAAGAUCAAGGAAUAGAAACAGAAGAGCAUCAGAGCAAACUUGAAGAGAUGGUGAAUGAACUAGCAACAGGUCUUACAGGGGUCAAACAUGAACUUGAAUAUAUGGAAGUCAGAGAAAGGGUUCAUAGAUCAAUUAACGACAACACAAAUUCCAGAGUGGUAUUAUGGGCAUUCUUUGAGAGCUUGGUGCUGGUUGCCAUGACGCUAGGACAGGUGUAUUAUCUUAAGAGAUUCUUUGAAGUCAGGAGAGUGGUGUAGACAUUAUUAAGCAUUACGUAGUUUUAAAUAUCACGGCCCAUUUUCAUAAAACUUUACUAGGCCUAGUGCAUUUAUUCUGAAAACUGUAUUGUUAUCCCUAGAAUGUGAAUGGAGAAAAUGUUCAUUUUCACCACAAAUUGACGUCACUCAGAACAAGCUCUUUUUGGUGCUCCGGAAGAUGUUUCUUUGAAAUAAUUGCUUUUUAGCAGAAAUUAACUAAUUACCUUUCCUAAUUUAGAUUUAUUAUAACAAUUAACAUAAAGAAAUUAAGAAAAUAAUGUAGUUUUGAGAGUAAGAUGAUUACUAUCACCAGCAUAUGUCUAAAUGGUGUGUAGUUAACUAACUUAAGUUUUAUGAAUAUGGGCCUAUAGAACUGGAGAUAGGGGUUAUGUAGACAUGAAGGUCAUCUUAAUUUUCUUGUCAUGAAGAUUAGCUUCUCUUAUUACAAUAGAAUUGACACUGACUGUCAAGAAUGAAUAA